CAACCUUGUUCACCCAGCACCGGCGAUACCGUCCAUCGAGAUACCUCAUCUCCAGUUUCUAUCCACUCGAUUUGAGAAUCUCGUUCUCCCUCCACAACCUACAAAAUGGUCAAGACCUCCGUUCUCAACGAUGCGCUCAACGCCAUCAACAACGCCGAGAAAGCUGGCAAGCGCCAGGUCCUUAUCCGUCCUUCCUCCAAGGUCAUUAUCAAGUUCCUGAGCGUCAUGCAGAAGCACGGUUACAUCGGUGAAUUUGAGGAGGUUGACGACCACCGCUCUGGCAAGAUCGUUAUCCAGCUCAACGGCCGUCUCAACAAGUGCGGUGUCAUCAACCCCCGUUACCCUGUUCAGCUCGGUGACCUUGAGAACUGGGCCGUCCAGCUCCUUCCUUCUCGUCAGUUUGGUUUCGUCGUCCUGACCACCUCUGCUGGUAUCAUGGACCACGAGGAGGCUCGUCGCAAGCACGUUGCUGGCAAGCUCCUCGGCUUCUUCUACUAGACUCGACAUGAAAAGAUCUAUUAAAAGCUGAAAUUAUGGAUCGGACAUGGACGUUCACUGAGAACGGCUAUAUAUGCGGCGAGGAGUUGGGGGAUGAUACCCUGUACUGGACGCUAGAUAGUAGUUACGUUCGAUAAUCUAUGACCAUGUU